UAGCCCACCUGGCCCCGCCCACUACCGCAUCAGCCUUGCCCCACCCUUUCAGGGUUCCCAAAUCUGGCCCGUCUUUCUGCCCCUUCCCUUGCGGGUCGCACCCCGCCCAGGCCCCUCUCCCGCCCCAGGUCUCUCAGUCUUUUUUCUCAGGGCGUGCAGCUUCCUGCACACCCGGAAGCAGAUCGCGCGGGGAAACGAUCACAGCGCUGCGCGUCAGUUUCCGUCUACCUGGACUAAACAUUUGCUUCGCCCCGUCUGCCUGAAUCGAACGUGCACUUGGCAGUCUUCCCUUGUCCAUACCCGUUUCCUGGGGAUCGCUACGGACCUUAAAAUACCAGCAACAGCCCCUUCGCCCCAAGGUCUUGCUCUGUCAGACUAGAGUACAGUGCCAUGAUCUCCGCUCACUGCAGCCUCAACCUCCUGGGCUCAAGCAGUCUUUCUGCCUCAGAGUGCUGGGAUUACAGACGGGAGCCAGCACGCCAGGCCUACAAGAUUUGACUUGUAAAGAAUUAAUUAUAUUGACUGAGAGAGAAGCCCAGAAGAGGAAGAAGAGGAAAGAAAAGGAGUCAGGGAUGGCUCUUACACAGGGACCUUUGACAUUCAGGGAUGUAGCCAUAGAAUUCUCUCAGGAGGAGUGGAAAUCCCUGGACCCUGUGCAGAAAGCUUUGUACUGGGAUGUGAUGUUGGAGAACUACAGGAACCUGGUCUUCCUGGGUAUCCUUCCUAAAUGUAUGACCAAGGAAUUACCACCAAUAGGGAACAGUAAUACAGGAGAAAAAUGCCAAACAGUGACGCUGGAAAGACAUGAAUGUUAUGAUGUUGAAAAUUUUUACUUAAGGGAAAUCCAGAAAAAUCUACAGGACCUUGAGUUUCAAUGGAAAGAUGGUGAAAUAAAUUAUAAAGAAGUGCCAAUGACCUCUAAAAACAAUCUUAAUGGUAAAAGAGGUCAACAUAGUCAAGAGGAUGUAGAAAACAAAUGUAUUGAAAAUCAGCUUACAUUAAGCUUUCAGUCACGUCUGACUGAACUGCAGAAAUUUCAAACUGAAGGGAAAAUUUAUGAGUGUAACCAAUCUGAGAAGACAGUUAAUAAUAGUUCCCUAGUUUCACCACUUCAAAGAAUUCUUCCUAGUGUCCAAACCAACAUUUCUAAAAAAUAUGAGAAUGAGUUUUUGCAGCUGUCAUUACCCACCCAACUUGAGAAAACACACAUUAGGGAAAAACCUUAUAUAUGUAAUGAGUGUGGCAAAGCCUUUAGAGUGUCUUCAAGUCUUAUUAACCAUCAGAUGGUACAUACUACAGAGAAACCUUACAAAUGCAACGAAUGUGGCAAAGCCUUUCAUCGGGGCUCACUACUAACUAUACAUCAGAUAGUCCAUACAAGGGGGAAGCCAUAUCAAUGUGGUGUAUGUGGCAAGAUCUUCAGACAAAAUUCAGAUCUUGUAAAUCACUGGAGAAGUCACACUGGAGAGAAACCAUACAAAUGUAAUGAAUGUGGCAAGUCCUUUAGUCAAAGUUACAACCUUGCAAUACAUCAGAGAAUUCACACUGGAGAGAAACCUUACAAAUGUAAUGAGUGUGGGAAAACCUUCAAACAAGGCUCAUGCCUCACUACACAUCAGAUAAUCCAUACAGGAGAGAAACCAUAUCAAUGUGAUAUAUGUGGCAAGGUCUUCAGGCAGAAUUCUAAUCUUGUAAAUCACCAGAGAAUCCACACUGGAGAGAAACCAUACAAAUGCAACAUAUGUGGAAAGUCCUUUAGUCAAAGUUCCAACCUGGCAACUCAUCAGACAGUUCAUAGUGGAAACAAACCUUACAAAUGUGAUGAGUGUGGCAAAACCUUUAAACGGAGCUCCAGCCUCACUACACAUCAGAUAAUCCAUACAGGAGAGAAACCAUAUACAUGUGAUGUAUGCGACAAGGUCUUCAGUCAACGUUCACAACUUGCAAGGCACCAGAGAAGUCAUACUGGAGAGAAACCUUACAAAUGCAAUGAAUGUGGCAAGGUCUUCAGUCAGACUUCACAUCUUGCGGGGCAUCGGAGAAUUCAUACUGGAGAGAAACCUUACAAAUGUGAUAAAUGUGGUAAAGCCUUUAAACAGGGCUCAUUACUCACUCGACAUAAGAUAAUUCAUACCAGAGAGAAACGUUACCAAUGCGGUGAAUGUGGAAAGGUCUUUAGUGAAAAUUCAUGCCUUGUAAGACAUUUAAGAAUUCAUACUGGGGAGCAACCUUACAAAUGUAAUGUGUGUGGCAAGGUCUUCAAUUACAGUGGAAACCUUUCAAUUCAUAAGAGAAUACAUACGGGAGAGAAACCUUUCCAAUGUAAUGAAUGUGGCACAGUCUUCAGGAACUACUCAUGCCUAGCACGUCAUCUAAGAAUUCAUACUGGGCAGAAACCUUACAAAUGUAAUGUGUGUGGCAAGGUCUUCAAUGACAGUGGAAACCUUUCAAAUCAUAAGAGAAUUCAUACUGGAGAGAAGCCUUUUCAAUGUAACGAAUGCGGCAAGGUCUUCAGUUACUACUCAUGCCUAGCACGUCAUCGGAAAAUUCAUACCGGAGAGAAACCUUACAAAUGUAAUGAUUGUGGCAAAGCCUAUACUCAGCGUUCAAGCCUCACUAAACAUCUGCUAAUUCAUACUGGAGAGAAACCUUACAAUUGUAAUGAGUUUGGAGGGGCAUUUAUCCAAAGUUCAAAACUUGCAAGAUAUCACAGAAAUCCUACUGGGGAGAAACCACACAAAUGUAGCCAUUGUGGUAGAACUUUUAGUCAUAUAACAGGCCUGACGUACCAUCAGAGAAGGCAUACUGGAGAGAUGCCAUACAAAUGUAUUGAAUGUGGCCAGGUCUUUAAUUCCACUUCCAACCUUGCAAGGCAUCGGAGAAUUCACACUGGAGAGAAACCUUACAAAUGUAAUGAAUGUGGCAAGGUCUUUCGUCAUCAGUCAACACUAGCACGUCAUCGGAGUAUUCAUACUGGAGAGAAACCUUACGUGUGUAAUGAGUGUGGCAAAGCCUUUAGAGUGCGUUCAAUUCUAGUUAAUCAUCAGAAAAUGCAUACUGGGGACAAACCUUACAAAUGUAAUGAAUGUGGUAAAGCUUUUAUUGAAAGGUCAAAGCUGGUGUACCAUCAAAGAAAUCACACUGGAGAGAAGCCAUACAAAUGUAUUGAAUGUGGCAAGGCCUUUGGGCGGUUUUCUUGCCUCAACAAACACCAAAUAAUUCAUUCUGGAGAAAAACCUUAUAAAUGUAAUGAGUGUGGCAAAUCUUUCAUUAGUCGCUCAGGCCUCACUAAACAUCAGACAAAACAUACUGCAGAGAAUCUUAAAACAAAAUUCAAUGUGGAAAAGCAUUUAGAUGUUCUCCUAACUUCUGGGUUCAAAUAAUUCAUACUUAUUGAUAUAGCUUGUAUAUUUGUCACUUCUGUCUGAAAUCUCAUGUGGAAUUUUAAUCCCCUUUAUUGGAGGUGGGGCCUGGUGGGAGAUGAUUGGAUCACAGGGGUGGAUUUCUCAAGAAUGGUUUAGCACCACCCGCUUUUUGCUCUUCUUGGGAUAGUGAGUUCUGGUGAGAUCUUGUUUUUUUGUUUGUUUUGCUUUUUUGAGACGGAGUCUCUCUCUGUCACCAGGCUGGAAUGCAGUGGCGUGAUCUAGGCUCACUGCAACCUCUGCCUCCCAGGUUCAAGUGAUUCUCCUGCCUCAGUCUCCCUGAGUAGCUGGGACUACAGGUGCACACCACCAUGCCUGGCUAAUUUUUGUAUUUUUAGUAGACAUGGAGUUUCACCAUGUUGGCCAGGAUGGUCUCAAUUUCUUGACCUAGUGAUCUGCCUGCCUCGGCCUCCCAAAGUGCUGGGAUUAUAGGUGUGAGCCACUGCGCCUGGCUGAGAUCUUGGUUAAAAGUGUGUGGCACGUUAGGCAUGGUGGGUCAUGCCUGUAAUCCCAGCAUUUAGGGAGGUUGAAGCAGGCAGAUCACUUGUGGCCAGGUGUUCAAAACCAGGCUGGUCAACGUGGUGAACAGUUGUCUCUACUAAAAUACAAACAUUAGCCAGGCAUGGUGAUGCAUGCCUGUAAUCCCAGCUACUCAGGAGGCUGAAGCAUGAGGAUCACUUGAACCCAGGAGACAGAGGUUGCAGUGAGCAAAGAUCGUGCCAGUGCACUCCAGCCUGGGUGACAGCGAGACCCUGUCUCCAAAAAAAAAAAAAAAGUGUAUGGAACUUUCCUCUCUCACUCCUAUUCUUGCCAUGUGACAUGCCCACUCCCCUUUUUCCUUCCACCAUGAUUUUAACAUUCCUGAGGCUUCCUCGGAAGGUGAGCAGAUGCCAGCACCAUGUUUCCUGUAAAGCCUGCAGAACUGUGAGUCAAUUAAACUUCUUUAUAAAUUA